CGUUCUCGUUGCCGUCGUCGUCAUGGUUUGCUUAAGCUCCCUAUUAUUCGCCGAAGGCGAAGUGAACAUUGGUGGAUCUUUACCGAAGCUAAGUCGAGGUAAAUAUUCACUGAGCCUGAGGCGAAUAAUUGUUAAAAAUGUCUAAUGCAACUAAUCAACAUAUUUUCACGGAGUUUCUCUGUGAAAUUAUAGAGAAAUUAAGCGCUGAACCCGUGAUGAAUGCAAUUCUUUUCAUGUUAAUAUACAAAACUAAUGGUGGGGAAAUUUAAGCAAAUCUUUUCAAAUUAUGUAAAAACUGGAUAAGCAUCGAUCAGGCGUGGACGUAAAAACUUUUUGUCAAUGACGGUCAAACCAAAGGUGCUUUCCACGUAGACGUAGCUAGAGUAGACUAAAUUACUUGUUCAAUAAUUUCUAUGUUUGAUAUGCUGAUAAUAAAACGUGAAUGAAUUAAUGAUACGAAUUUGCAGUCUUCUUUUUUCGCCGCAUAAUUCAAAUUAAACUGAUGCUAUCAAGAAAAGUGACAGGUGCAGUGACGGCGACGCUUCGUUUUAAAAUUCCGCGAAGACCUGGGGCAUAUGUUUUGUUUUGUUUAUUUUCGGGGUGGGACAAGUUGAUUUUGGAGCACGAAUAAAGCUUCGGUUCUACACAUUUCGAAUUUAUUCCGCUGAAGGGCUGGAUUAACACAGUAAUGGCCCUUACGAUCUGUGUUAAGGGUUCGAACGAUAGCCGUAAAGUUCACAAGGAACUGGGAGACUGUCCCACCAGUCAGCGAAUUCUCAUGAUUUUGCGACUGAAGAAGGUUGUUCCUCCUUUCAAGGAAUACUUCGUCGAUCCAAAUAAAAAGGACACGAAGAAAUGGGAAGAGUUUGUAGGAAUGUCGCAGGGCCGAUUAAAACUGCCUGUUCUGCUACACGGAGAUUUAGAGCCGAUGGAAGAUUCGGACAGGAUCGAGAUGUACUUAGACGAAACCUUUGAGCCAAGCCUCAAGAGUAAAAACGAGAAAGCAAACAACGCUGGCCGCGAUCUGUAUUCAAAGUUCGCGUUGUUUAUGCGAAACAACAACCCUGAGAAAGACGAGAAACUCCGAGACGCGCUCAACAAGGAACUCACAAAAUUGAACGAGUUUUUAGAUUCCGUGGAAAGUCCCGGCAAAUAUCUGGACGGAGACGAGUUGAAGCUACCAGAUUGCAAUUUAUUGCCUAAACUAAUGCAUGUCAAGGUGGCCGGCGAACUGAAAGGAUUGGAAUUAAAAAAUUUCCAAUUCGUCGUGGAAUAUCUGGAGAAAGCGUCUCAACAGAACGCGUUCAAAGAUACAUUCACAGACAGCGUAAAGAAGGACAUCGAGGCGGGCUGGAGAAAGAAAAUGGGGAAUUCAGCGGCCGGUUGUAAUUCUCGGAAGUAAACCCACCGUCGUUGCAGACGUUUUGAUAGAGAUUUUUAGAGUAUAGUGUAGUAUCUCAAUUUUGUAGAAUAAAUUUCAAGGAAUUUUCGAAUUGAGGAUUUUCUGAAAUCGUAAGCGACGUUGGAGCUUUUUAAAGUGUUGGAACUUAACGAGUUUUGAAGCGAAACUUGAGGGGAUGGCGCUUCUAACGACAUUUCGCUAAAGAUCUGUCACGCUUGAAAUUAAAGGCAUUGUCUAAACGGAAGGCCAACAUUUGCAAAUUAGCAAGUAGCAGUUAUCAUUUCACUUUUGUGUUUUUCAUGUCGUUUUUUCGAAAUUCACAAGUUUUUGCAUCCGAAUAUCGCAACAAACAUUUCGAUCAUUUGCAAAGCUCGACAUAUUUUUCACCAACAGAACCGCAAAAAUCGUUCUCAUUUUCAAAGUUGAAAACAGUAAAUUAUUCAUUUGGAAAGCACACUUGUAUGGGGUCGAACGUGCGAAAACAAUACGCGAAUUAAUUCUUUCUUUCUUUCUUUUUUCUCUUUUUUUGGGGGGAGAAAAAAAAAUUAACUUUUACAAUUGAACAAUGUACUGCACAUCCUUGAAAAGACUGAAAGAAAUAAAGAAUUAAAGCAACUCAGACGUUUCAAUAUUGGAAAUAAAAUUAUGCAAAUAGAAUGUGGUUUAUUUAGAUUCGUGGUAGCUGAGAUCAAAGCUUUGGGGUUUGUGUUUACUGAUCAGCUAUAAUUAAAUAUAUUUCGCAUCUGUUUUAUGUUUCAGUUUCUUAAAUCUUAUUCAAGAGCCUUGCAUAAGCUAUAUAAUCUCGGUGCGUUCUACAAUGCUUGCCUUUUUUAGUUGUAUUUAUUUUCUCCACUGACAAACGACUGGCACUCGUAUUUAACAAAUCCAUAUAAGGAAGAAUAUUGUGGUUGUGGUGUUUGCAUUUAAAAUGAAAACCAACUUUGAUGCUUUGGGCAAUGUGACAGCCAUGGCAACAAACAGUGAUCGCCAUCAUCCAAUUGCAAGAAAUGGUUAAAAAUUUGUUGGACCUUAGACGCCCCGGUUCAAUUUCGAUAUUCAGUGCUAAUCGGAUUCGCAUUUUUAGCAAUUUAGCGAUAAAGAGGACUUGCAGACAAGCGCGCGUCGUUCUCGAAAGUGAGCCAUUGCGACCUUUGAGUGACGAAGUUGUGCGAGCUCGACUAAAUCAACUUCUCGGAAAAGUAAUGUUGGAAAAAACUUUUAGGAAGUCUCGCGGUUUCGUGACGCGCCGCAAUUAUCAUGAAAAAAUAUUCUUAACAACACAGGCUUCCCAGCGUUAUAAUACAAUAGUAGGAAACUAGAUUGUUUGCCAAUUUUUUUAAUAAAGAAGUCCAACUGA